AUGUCCUCCUUUGAGUUUAUUGUUGUCGGAAGUGGCCCGGCUGGCAGUUCGCUCGCUGCCACACUUGCCAACUCGACCGCAAAGCCACAGGUCUUGCUUCUGGAAGCGGGUGAGGAAAAGGAGGAUCGUAAUCUUCGCGUGGAUGGACAGCGAUGGAUCACUUUCCAAAAUCAGUCUAUGAACUGGGGCUACAAGACUUCCCCGCAGAAAGAUUGCAACAACCGGGAGAUUGACUACAGCCGCGGUCGGUGUGUGGGUGGAUCAAGCGCCAUCAACUUUGGCGUGUACAGUGUUGGCGCGCGUGACGAUUAUCAAGAGUGGGCGCGCAUCGUUGGCGAUGAUGCUUAUGGGUGGCAAAGUAUCCAGAAAAGGUUGAAGGACCUUGAGACUUUUCACGGAGAGACGCCGCAAGGUAUGGAUAAGAAAUACGCCAAUCCAAAGUCAGAAAAUCAUGGUAGCAAAGGCCCUCUGCACGUAGGCUUUGCACGCGAGUGGGAAAGAGACCUGCCGGAGCUGUUGGAUGUUUUCGAGCAGGCUGGAUUCCCAUUGAACCCUGAUCAUAACUCGGGUAACCCCAUUGGAAUGUCGGUGUUGAUUAACUCUGCCUAUAAGGGUCUGCGCUCAACAGCACAGGAUCUGGUUGUCGGAGAAGAUAAAAAUAAUCUGACUAUUGUUACCAAUUCGCCGGUGCAGCGUCUUAUCCUGGAAGGACAGAAGGCUGUCGGCGUUGAAACGAACGGAAAGAAAUACUAUGCUACAAAGGAGGUCAUUCUAUCCGCCGGCUCACUCAAUGACCCUCGCAUCUUGAUGCAUUCGGGAAUUGGUCCCGCCGACCAACUCAAACAAUACAACAUCGACGUCGUUCUCGAUGCCCCCGCCGUUGGUCAAGGACUUCGCGACCAUUGCUUCGUUCCAAUGGUGAACACGCGCACCGAUACCAGUACGGACCGAAGGGGUUUCUAUGGCUCCGAGGCCGCUAUGGAUGCCGCAAAAAAGGAAUGGGAAGAACAUGGAACCGGUCCCUGGGCGAAGUUCGCUUGUGAAUUGGGUAUUGGUUGGUUCAAGCUUGAACAGCUCACUUCCACGCCAGAAUUCAAGGCCCUUCCCGAAGAUGAACAGCGAUAUCUCCUUCAAGAGACCGUGCCACACUACGAGAUUAUUACCCAUUUCCCUAUCCACUGGUUCAUUCCGGACUUCCCUAACGAAGCCUUGAAUUACUCUUGUCUGUUGGUUUUCUUGUUCAAUGCACAGACUCGUGGAGAAGUCACUUUGCAAUCAUCGGACCCCGAUGCUCCGCUUAUUUUCAAUCCGAAGUUCCUUGCCCACCCAUUCGACCGCCGCCUUGCAAUUGAGGCUCUGCGAGAUUCUUUCCGAGUUGCCAAGCAUGAAUCUUAUACAAAGGACAAUGUGGCCGAACUAGCCAUGCCCAAGGGCGAAUCGGACGAGGACCUGCUCGAAUAUUGGCGCCAGAAUAUCUCGUCGAGUUGGCACAUGACAGGAACAACCAAGAUGGGCAAAAAAGGCGACACUGAUGCCGUCGUCGAUCCUGAUUUCAGAGUUAUGGGCACUGAGAAUUUGCGGAUUGCUGAUAUGGGCGUUGUGCCGGUGUUGGUCAAUGCCCAUGUCCAGGCAGUGGCCUAUGUUACUGGUGCAACUUGCGCCGAGAAGUUGAUCAAGGAAUACAGCCUGGCUUAG